AUGGGUGGACACAUCGUCCAAAACUCAUCCAAACUUUGUUCCUUGACUCUGGUAUCAUCCAAAACCAAGCAACGGAUCAAUUCCCAAGCCAUCGUGCUACAAAAGCUAACGAGACAUUUGCCAACCUUUACCUUAAGCCGUAAUACCUGGCAACAGUUCAAAAUCCUUGAACUAGCUGACCCAAACUGCCAUAUACCAGCUCAAACCGACAUUGUAAUAGGCAGUGACAUACUCCCACAAAUUCUCGUGGAAGGUGUACAAACAAUUUGCGACACAGUACUUGCGCAAAACACUAUAUUUGGCUGGAUCCUUAGCGGUCCAGUAACCGAAAAAGUGGUGUCAUUCUCGACACAAGUAGAAGAAAUCUCAACUGAUACACUUGGUGAUCAAUUGAGAAAAUUCUGGAAAGAGGAAGAAAUUCUUUCAACUCCACAAAUUACAAAUGAGGAUCAAGCUUGCGAAAACAUAUACAAGUAA